GCUCGUCAUUGUUGUGACCAGUUUACACUUGUGUGCAACAGUGGAAAGCUAAUUAAAUAUGUAAGCUUAUCAAGAUUUUGUCUCAAAUGGACAAAUGUGAUAUUGUUGAAAAUAGUAGUUUUUCUAUGGAAACAAUUCUUAUUACUUUUUUAUAAGUGAACACGUAAGUGUUUAUUACCAAAGAUGAUUCUUCGUUAUUUAUUUGCUUUGUCUUCAAUUUUCCUUUUCUUCGACUCCUCAUUGGCAAAUCAAAUUUCCUAUGAUCAUUCAAAAAAAUUCGAACCAAAUUGGGAUAGUUUGGAUAAACGAGCUUUGCCUACUUGGUACGAUGAUGCGAAAUUUGGAAUUUUCAUUCAUUGGGGAGUUUUCAGUGUUCCCAGUUUUGGAUCCGAAUGGUUUUGGUACAAUUGGAAAGCUGGAAAUCCACUGUACACGGAUUUUAUGAAAAAGCGUUAUCAUCCAAAUUUCUCCUAUCAAGAUUUUGCUAAAGAUUUUACGGCCGAAUUUUUUAAUGCCACACAAUGGAGUGAAAUUUUUCAAGCAUCUGGAGCGAAAUAUGUAAUUUUAACAAGUAAACAUCAUGAGGGCUAUACAUUAUGGCCUUCGAAAUAUUCAUUCAGUUGGAAUGCUAAGGACGUCGGACCACAGCGGGAUCUAAUAAGUGAAUUGUCAAAGGCAAUACGAAGUAAAACAAAUUUGACAUUCGGUCUGUAUCAUUCUCUCUAUGAAUGGUUCAAUCCAUUGUACCUCGAGGAUAAGAAGAAUAAAUUCACAACUAACAGUUUUGUCACGCAAAAAAUAAUUCCCGAAUUAAACGAACUCGUUGAUUUAUACAAACCGGAAGUAAUUUGGUCGGAUGGUGAUUGGGAAGCGCCUGAUACUUAUUGGGAGUCGAAGGAAUUCUUAAGUUGGUUGUAUAAUUACAGUCCUGUCAAGGAAACAGUAGUUGUCAAUGAUCGAUGGGGAAGGGACAUUCCCUGUCAUCACGGUGAUUUUUACACUUGCACUGAUCGCUACGAUCCUGGAGUCUUGCAAGCUCAUAAAUGGGAAAAUUGUAUGACAAUCGACAGAAAAUCUUGGGGUUUUCGAAGGAAUGCCGAUCUGAAGGAUUACAUGUCCGUGAAGGAGUUAAUUCGAGAAUUAGUCAUAACUGUCAGUUGUAAUGGGAAUUUAUUGAUGAACGUUGGUCCAACGAAGGAGGGAAUAAUUUCACCGAUUUUCGAAGAAAGACUUCGUGAAAUGGGACAUUGGUUAUCAACGAACGGAGAGGCAAUUUAUAAAACGAAACCCUGGAAUGUUCAGAAUGACACAUUGUCUGGAGAUGUUUGGUACACGCAAAGUAAAGACGGCACAAAAUUAUACGCAAUUCUACUCUCGUGGCCAAAAAAUAAUAAUCUGGGCUUAUCAGCUAUCAAUAUUCCAGCUUUAACUCCAAUAAAUCUUCUUGGUUAUCCCUACGAACUUACGUGGGAACAGCGCUCAAAUUACGUUCUCAUUGAUUUGCCAGUAGAAGCCCAUAAAGGCAAUCCAGCUUGGGUGGUAGUGAUAAAUACAUAUUUGUAAUUAUUACAGAUUUUACAAUUUUACACCUUGUUAUAAAAUUGAUUUGCUGUACUUUUUGAUAAAUGUGCUUACAAAUCGUGAA